CUCAACUGUGCAUAUAACUGUGUGAAUGUAUAGGCUUAUGCUUGUAUAAAUAUAUCAAGAGUAUUUUAGUUAGAAUUUUAAUUAAUGAUUGAAAUAAAUAUUGUAACCGCAAAAACUGCAAAUGAAUCAUAUACAUACAUGUGGGUUUGGAUUCAAAAUCAGAAUUUCUGAAACCACUUUCUUUACAAAUCAGUUGCUUUGCAGCCUGCUAUGGCUUUAGAACGAUCAAGAAAUAAACUGUAAUAAAUUUCUCUAAUUAUAAAUUAUAAACUACAGUAAAAAAAAAAACCAAGAGGGGCAUAUAAUACAACAGCGCAAUGUCAAGCCAUAGGCGCUACGGUCAAUUUUUGUUAGUAAUACUUGUGUUAGGCGCGGUUGCGGCGGAGAAUGCCACUGAAGUGGAUAAAAAGAAUCCGUGUAAAAACAAAGAUACCUGUCAGGAGUGCAUACAAACGGCCAAAUGUAUCUGGUGUAAGGUGCCGAACUUUGCGGAGGAUCGAUGCUUUCAAAGCGAUUCGAAUACAACUUGUACAUUGACUGAGCAUCCAGUCACGAAUAUUACCAAAGUAAUCAAGCGACCUCUAACGAGUGGCGGUAAGAGAAGAAAAUUGCUUGAAGAUCGUGAAAUUAUACAGCUGACGCCACAGUACGUCAAACUGGAAUUAAGACCCAAUGAUGUGGAAAUAAUAAAAAUGAAAUAUGCGCGCGCACUCGAUUAUCCUGUCGAUCUGUACUAUCUUAUGGACUUGUCCGAAUCAAUGAAAGAUGAUAGAGAUACUCUAUCCGCAUUGGGUGAUACUCUAGCAGAGACUAUGCGAAAUUUAACCAGCGAUUUUCGCUUGGGCUUUGGUUCGUUUACCGACAAAGUUAUAAUGCCUUUUACCGACAAUAUUAGUAAUCAGAAUUCGUAUUUAUCUACUAACCGAAAAAAAAGCAUGUGCCAAAAUAACGACUGUCUCAGUUAUCGAAAUAUUAUGCCACUGAGCACGGACACCUUUCAAUUUUCAUCUAAAGUGAAAAACUCAAAAAUUACUGGUAACUAUGAUUCGCCCGAAGGUGGCCUAGAAGCCAUGAUGCAGGCGAUCGUGUGUCGCAAGGAGAUCGGUUGGCGUGAAAAAGCGAGACGUCUAUUAGUUUUCUCAACUGAUGCAAAUUUUCACACAGCGGGCGAUGGUAAGCUUGCCGGUUUGAUUCAACCCAAUGAUGGAAAAUGUCACUUGGACAAAGAAGGCAACUAUACGCAUGCGGAACAAUUAGAUUAUCCAAGUAUUGGACAAGUAAUACAUACCGUCAAAGAGAAUUCGAUUAAUGUCAUAUUUGCUGUCACGGAUAAAGUACUAAACACAUAUAAAAAUCUUUCGGAACAUAUUGAGGGUUCUUCAUAUGCAAACUUGGCGGGAAAAUCUUCGAAUGUGGUAAAACUUAUAGGCGAACAAUAUCAGCAAAUCUCAUCCUCCAUCGAAAUGCGUGACAAUGCCACCGGAGAUGUGAAGAUCACUUAUUAUUCCGCUUGUCGCAGUGGUGGCCCCAAAGUACCUACUUCAAAAUGUGAUGGCUUACACGUCGGCGAUGCAGUGGAAUUUAAAAUAUUUAUCCGUUUGACUUCCUGUCCAAAAAACCCACGCGAUUGGCGGCAAAUUAUACAAAUCUAUCCGGUCGGUAUAAAUGAGAGUUUGAUCAUUGAUCUGAAAAUGCUUUGCGGUUGCGAGUGUGAUGCCGAAGUGAUAACCAAAAGCCAAUAUUGCUCCUCACAAGGCAGUCUGGUAUGUGGAGUUUGUCAGUGCGAAGAUAAAUUUGUGGGUGCUCAGUGCCAGUGUUCGAAUACCGAUAUGCAAGAGAGUAAUGACAGCAGUCACAACUGUCAUGACAACACAACAAUGAUCGAUUGUAGCGGACGUGGUAUGUGCUCGUGUGGUCAAUGCCAAUGUGACAAGCGUAGCAAUGAAGAAGAGGUCAUAUCCGGUAAAUACUGUCAGUGUGACAAUUUCUCCUGUGAGCGGCAUGAACAGCGACUUUGCUCUGGUCCCGGCCAUGGAAAAUGCGAAUGCGGGCAAUGUGUUUGUAAUGAAGGCUGGCAAGGCAAAGCCUGCGAAUGUGAGGUAUCAACUGAUAAGUGUCGGAAAAAGGGCGAUGAUAAACUAUGCUCCGGUAAAGGGAAAUGCGAAUGUGGCGCUUGCAAAUGUCAAACUACUGCACAAGGACGCUACUCGGGUCAAUACUGUGAGACAUGUCCGACAUGCUCAAGCCUCUGUUCGAAGUUGAAAGAUUGCGUACAAUGUCAAAUGUAUAAGAUGGGUAAAUUCAAAGAAGCUAAUGUUUGUGCUGCCAACUGUACGAAAGUGAAAACGACUCCAGUGGAUAAAGUUUUGGAGAAAUCCGAAUUAGUUCUUGGUGAAAAGAAUUGUGAAAUUUAUGAUGAUGAUAAUUGUAAAUUUGCAUUUACGUUCAAAGAAAAUAACGGUAUUUACGAAGUACAAGCACAAAAGGAACGCGAAUGUAGGGCAAAGGUUGCCAUGUUUAAGAUUUUAAUCAGUGUGGCAGGUUCUAUUUUGUUCAUUGGCUUAGCCACGCUGCUUUUAUGGAAACUUAUUACGACCAUACAGGAUAAUCGUGAAUUUCAACGAUUUGAGAAGGAACAAAUGCGGGCGCAAUGGAAUUCGGAUGGUAACCCGCUGUACAAACAAGCGACGUCAACUUUUAAAAAUCCGACAUAUUCAACAUAGUGAAUUAAUUAAAAAAUGUAUAAAUAUGUUUGUAUAGUUAAGUCAUCCAUUUCUAUCAUUAAUAAAUUUUUGAUUA